AUGUGUAUGUACUAACAUGUUUUAUCAUUAAGCAAAUUAAGAUAUAAAUGUGUUAGUACGUUAUUUCAAUAUGUAUGAAAUCAUAAUCUCAACAGAUUUAUCGAAUAUGUAAUAAGAUAAGCAAAAACAGUAGAUGUACCAAGUUCAUCCAGAAAACGAUUGCAAAAUAUGGAAUUUCGAAUUAUUUUUGCAUUUAUAUUACUUUUUGAAGGAGGGCUUUCUGUCGAACAUUGUAAACCUAAUAUAGCAAUUAUUGGUGGAGGUAUCGGAGGAGCAUCUAGUUGCCAUUUUCUUACAGAAUUAUUUGAAAGUAAUCUUAACAUUGAUUUGUAUGAAGCAAAAACUAUUGGCGGACGAUUAACUACAAUACAAAUUGAUGAUAAUGAAUUCGAAGCUGGUGGUGCAAUUAUACAUCCUCAAAAUAAAUACAUGCAAGAAUUUGUUAAAUUACUUGGUUUAGAACACAGACCAACUGAUGAUAAUAAAGCUGGUAUUUGGAAUGGGAAUGAAUUUGUGUUUGAAGAAAGCAAUUGGGAAUUGAUAUCCUUUGCAAAACUACUUUAUAGAUAUGGUAUUCAGCCAUUCAGCCUUAAUAGGUAUGUGCAGUCUAUAUUAAAUGAUUUUGCAAAGAUAUAUGGUUUACAAGAUGCUGGAAAGUCUUUUGAAAAUGUUACUGGCUUAUUGUCAGCCAUGAAUAAUGGAUUUCCAAAAUUAUUACAAAUAUCCAUAAAAGAUCAUCUUUUAAAUUUGGGUUAUUCAGAUCAAAUGAUAGAUGAACUUGUCAAAUCAACACUAGUUGUAAAUUAUGGACAAACUACCAAUGUCCAUAGUUUUGUUGGUUCCGUAUCUAUAGCUGGAGCAGGUUUCGAUUUGUGGUCUGUAAAAGGAGGAAAUAAAAAGGUACCUGAGCAUUUAAUAUAUAGAAACAAGAAUGUGCACAUUGUACCUUCUUAUGUCGUAAAAAUUGUCAAUGCCCCAAAAGAAAAUGGUAGACAAUCAUAUGAAGUGCAUUACCAUAGUAAAGGUAGUACAAUUAUAAUGAAAUCAACAUAUGACAUUGUAAUUGUUGCAACUCCACUUACCAGUGAUCAACAAUAUCCUAUUAUUUUUGAAGGAUUUCCAAAUAAUGACUUCUAUGGUGCAGAGAAAUAUCAUAGAACUAUAGCUACUUUUGUUAAAGCAGACUUGAAACCACAUUAUUUUGGUUCAGCAGAAGAAAUAGAUAUCAUUCUUAGUUGUGAUCCGAAUAAAACAAUAGUUAGUUCUGUGGGUAGACUGAAUUCAGUAGAGGCCACACUAAAGAAUAGUAGAGUUUGGAAAAUUUUUAGUAAUGCACCUUUACAAUCGGGAGUUCUGAAUGAAAUGUUUUCAAAUAUUGAUGAAAUAAAGGAAAUUUCAUGGAAGGCUUAUCCUGAAUAUUCAACAUAUGUCCAUGAAGCAAAAUUUAAAUUGCACAAUGCACUUUAUCAUGUCAAUGCUAUUGAAUGGGCAGCCAGUGCUAUGGAAAUGAGUGUUAUAAGUGGAAGAAAUGUAGCAAUUUUAUCACACAAAGAUUUCUCUGAGACAUGUUACCACUAUAAGAUUAACAGAAUGCAAAAUGAUAUACCUGAAAAUACACCAUCCACUGAAUUGUAACAAAUACUUUACUUUUAUAACUACUUUAAUAAAAUUAUAAUAAAAACAUAUAAAAAAUU